CCACCUUACUUUUAUUCUUGUUCGAAGUGCUCCUUCUCUCUUGUUUAGACUUUCUCGCUCUCUGUUCGUCUGGUUUUUUAUUCAUCGUCCCACCAUGCCAGAGUCUGCAGGUACAGCUAAGGCAGAUAUACCCGAGGACAUAAAACACUUGAAAAACUUUCCACACUACGACGCGUCACUUCACGACAAUCCUAAAUUCAGACAAAACCUUUCAUCCUGGGCAAACAAAACAGAAAAGCUCUCUACUGUUCUCGAUGCUCUAGCGAAUGGUUUCUCUGAUUUCUAUUCCACGGGUCUACAGCAGUAUAAAGCUGCAUCUUCCAUUGUUGGUAGUUUACAGAAAAUGUCUCAGCUCCUUGAGAACUCGUCUCCUACCAUCACAGAUACACUGAAUAAGUUUGUUGAGUCGAUGAACAACAUGUGGUAUUACUAUGAGACAUUUCUGGAGCAAACUCAAACACUUACUGUUGAUCCAAUUAGGAAGAUGGCCAAGCAGUUUAGCAUACUUAAAGGUAUUUAUGAAGAGCUCCAGCAUUAUAGGAAGGAGUUCAUUAUGGCUGCUGAUCAAAUGUGUGCAUGCAGGCAUGUAUCAAAACUAAAUGAUAGCCAGCAGUUCAAUCAGUUAGCUGAGGCUUGUUAUAAUGCACAGAAGACCUAUCAACUGGUUCUCUCAAAAUAUCUCACUUGUCUUAGGGAAGCACACACAAGUGACAUGAUGGAUCUAUUGAGGAAACUAAUGGAGCAUUUCUUGACUAUUUAUUCUUAUCAUAACUAUUGUGCUGAGCAAAUGAAAGACAUGGAGGUUUACUUAACUCAUCUUCAUUCACAGACAAAGGAAUGGAAGCUGUUUUAUUGCAGUGAGAUGGAGUUAUGGAAUGAGCUACAGAGACAGAUAAAGAGAGUGGUCAUGUUUGAGCAUCAGCACCACAUGGACUUAUUACCAUCCAUUGAUACUAGCGGCACUAGACUUGGUAUGCUCAAAGUGGCUUCUAAGAAGAAAGGAUUGCACUCCAGCAGUACAGGGCUAGGAUCAUCACCCAUGAUACCAUUCACUCGGACUUUCUCCGAUCAGAUCCCUCAGUCCAGUCUACCCUCUCCCUCCCUCACUUUGGAUCAUAUGCCCAAGCACAUCAGCUCUCCAGUUCAAGUGCACAAAACAAUUAACGAAACAAGUCAAACGUCUCCCAACAAAUCAAGCGCAUCGAGGACCUUCAGCAUACCCAUCUUCCCAGAGACUGAGACGUCAGACAAGAGGCUCCCCUUUUUUGAGCGCUUGAAGACUCGCUCUAAUUCGGAUGCAAACCUCAUCUCCCCCGGUCUAGAGGAGGAGUCUGAGGAUGAUGUUCUCGGGUCUUUAAGAAGGAGGAGUCAGUCCAUUGACGAUAUAUUGUCUGGAGAUGAAAAGGAGGCGAGUCUUGAGACUGCGUCGAGGAAGAUAGAGGCCGCUCUCGGGGAGAGGAAGGGGAAAUCAAGUCACAGACCUUUACUCUCGCUGUGGACCAACAUGAGGAAGGACAGCAAGGAAAGGAAGAAGCAGCGAAAGAGGACACCGAGUCAAGGUGAUGAUCCACCCGAGGAGGCUCGGAGCAGGUCUGGUAGCACUACACCUGUUGAUUGUCAGAGCAUGGACAACAGCCCCUACACUAACAGAAAGAAGAAGCAAAGUCUACAAAAGAAGCUAAAGAAGGCACGUAACUCUCUCUAUCUGUUUCAGCAGAGCGAGAGGCAGGAUGAUAAGAGAGGAGAGGAGGAGGAGUUUGAAGGAAGAGGAUCAGCAGAGGGUGGUCUAUCAGUUGAAGGAAGUAGCAUCAGCAGUGGAGACCAACCAUUGGACUCAAAUAGUGUCACUAAUGUGUGCCCUCCGUCGCCUGCUACUGGCUCUGUUAAUGCUGUGCCUGUUUCUCCUCCUCAUCCAAGGGAAGGUGAAGUGAAAGAGCUUAUACAGCCAACCCCAUCAUCUUGGAUAAGAUCAGGCUAUCUUAUGCUGAGAAUGAAACUGCCUAACAAUACCUAUGCUUGGACAUAUAUUUAUUGUGUAGUUCAUAGAGAGUUAGGUCAGCUGAUGGUUCAAGAGCAAAGUCUCCCUGAGCCGCGUCCACUUGAAGACCUGAUGCUAUGUACAUGUAAAGCUGGCACUCCUGACUUCAUUGACAGGAACUAUUGCUUUAGAGUUAUAUCCCCAUCCUCUGAGCAUCUCUUUCAAGCUCUAGGAGAAGAAGACAUGAAGUUGUGGAUGUCUGCUGUACAGGAAGGUAUUGAAGAAGUCAUAAAGCAUGGAGACACAGGUACAAGACCGGCAAUAGGAAAACGGGAAGAUGAAGGAGAAUUAGUGCCAAAUGCCAUCAAAACAAUUCUGAAAGUACCCGGCAAUAAACAGUGUGCUGAUUGCAGCAGUACUGAUGUGCAAUGGGCCAGUAUUAAUCUUGGUAUAGUACUCUGCAUAGAAUGUUCUGGUGUUCACAGAGGAUUAGGAGUCCAUGUAUCUAAAGUACGCUCGUUAACUUUAGACAAAUGGAACAAGUCAACAGUUGAAUUCAUGAAGUCUCAAGGAAAUACCAAGUCGAAUGUGUACUAUGAAGCAAGGCUUGGUAAGGGCGUUCAGUAUUCUGAUAUUCAUAAACCUUCAGCUAAUGCUGGAAAGACUGAAAGGAUUCAAUUCAUACAACUGAAAUACGUGACAUUAGCAUUCACACCUGAACUAACAGAUCAUUAGGUGCAUCUGAUGAUUUUAUUGUUUUUCAUUUUAUUAUUAUUAUUAUUAAUAUUAUUAAAUAUUAUUAUUAUUACAAUUAAUUAUCAUUGUUGUUGAUUACUCUCUAUCAAUAUCCACUUAUAACAAAAAUUUUAUGUAUUGAUAAGAAAGUUUUUAAUCUACAUACA